AUGGAUCGUAGCCUGAUGGGCGGAAACCGUGUGAUAGGAGCAAGCAACGGAGACGCAACAUCUGCAAGUCUAGACAUGCCGGCAUCUCCCAGGAUAUCGAAUGUAUCUACCAACGAUGCAUCUACCAACGAUGCAAGCUUCUAUUCUCUCUCACCUCUAUAUACACCGACUCCGUUAGUCCCUUCUACGUCCCCAUCAGCUAGCCCUCGACAAAUACCUACCGUUCCUUCUCCAUCAGCGACAGUGCAGGAAGUACAAUGUUUCUUUAGAGACUGUUUCCUUGCAUUUCGUCCGUUAUUAGAUCAAGAAGAGGCGGAGAUGGAAGCAAAGAAAUUAAUGAUUGAUGGUGUUGGCCUUUACACAUUCUCUGCAGAGGUAUUUCGCGAUGAGUUCGGUCCUGCAGGACGAGCAAUCUAUGAUAUUGUUGAUAAUGGAUACUAUAGGCGAAAUCCUUUUGGCCUUUUCUCAGAUUUCUCCAAAAGGUCUUUGCUGCCGUGGCUGCAGGAAAUGGCAUCUAUCAAUUCUGGAAAGACCCCAAAGAAAAAAAGCUCGCAGUCACAUAUAUCUUUGCGGCCAUCACCACCUUCGUUUCCUUCGUAUACCAAUUCACCUCUACUGGAUGGGUUAUCGAAUCAAAAAUUUGGCCAGAAAAAUUCAAAGUGCGAAACCCAGCAGAAGCAGCAGCAGCAACUCCCCGGACACCAUGGUGAAACAGAAGCAUGGCAGCCUCAGAAUGGCGUCAGGAUUCGGCGUCAAUAUCGCCAAGACAUAGAUUGA